UAUUACUGAAAGCUGUUUAUUCCUACUUCCUGCAAACAAAGUGAUUUUGCGUAGGAAAAAAAAAGGUUUUUAUUGGACUUAGAAAAGUGUUUUUUUCUAGCAUUUUUAAAAGUGCAAACAGAUCGGAUUGAUUCUCGAUACUCCUCCAAGUUGAAACAAUUACGCACGGGCCCAUGACGUGCUAAUUAAAAAAUAAUAUUUUUUACGCAAUCGUUCCUAGAAGCUAGAAUCGCCCUGUUGUGAAAUCCGGGCGAAAUCUCGUUUUGAACCUCAAAUAAAGCGCCUCUGGAAGUCAGAAAAAAUCAGACGAAGAGCAGGUUAAAAAAAAUGAGAAUAAACCUGACGAAAUAAUGAAAUCUUUAAUCAACCUUGAUGAUGAUAGUAACGUCACAGACAUAUCGCCUGUACUGACAUGCAUUCGCUCAUUGAGUGAUUCCGAAGCUAUAUGGGAUAAAGACAAGAAAGGAUUGGUGACGAGUUUGUCCUUGAAGCAACUGAAAAAUGAGACAGAUACUCUGAGAGAAGAUGGAUUUAUUUUUGCUGUCUCCCUGCGUGAUGGAUCGUGUUUAUACACGUCCAGAGCAAUCUCUCUGUAUUUGGGCUAUCCGAAGGAUAUGUGGAUUGGCCAAUGUGUUAUGAAUUUCAUCUACCACAAGGAUCAUAUAACAUUUGCUAACUACCUAACCCAAGGACUUAAUGCAUGUUUCAUGCAAGUGAAGAGAGAAGAUGCUCAUCUUUUCGUUAACACGUUUUUCUGCCGCUUGAGGCUUUACCAAGGCUUGAAGUUUGGAUACUCUGUAAAGGACCAGAAGCAACAGUACAAGCCAUUCAAAAUCACUUUCCAUUUGAAUGAGAUGCUCUUGGAUGAUAUUUGCGUGGAGAAAUCAGCCGCAACGCUGUGUGUCAAAGCAACUGCCACACAAGUUACUGCUGGAUAUACAACUCCAGAAGAAAUCCCUGCAAUGACCUCCUUUUCUACUCGUCAUACAGCUUCUUGCCAUUUUAGUCAUGUAGAUGUCAGUGCCAUUCCAUACCUCGGUUACCUGCCCCAAGACAUGAUAGGGAACUCGAUUUUCGACUUCUACCACACGGAUGAUAUGCCGCAGCUGAAGGACAUAUAUGAAUUAGUUGUCAAGGAACACGGGACAUCCUUUCGAAGCAAGCCCUAUCGGUUCAAAGUCCAAAACAGCUGUUACAUAUUGCUGGAGACAGAAUGGUCCUGCUUUAUUAAUCCUUGGUCCCAUAAAUUGGAGUUUGUUGUUGGACAACAUCGAGUUUUGAAAGGACCAACUGAUAUUAAUAUAUUUACACCCUGUGAGUUCGAAGAAACUGUAGUGUCGGAUGAAAUUGUCAAAGAAAGCCGUAGGAUUCAGAAAGAAAUUAAAACUCUUCUUGCUCAGACUAUUCAAACAACUGGAAACGCUAGAACAAAAAGAUUCUGCAGCAAAAGAAAAAGAGAUUUGGUAUCUUUUGUGUAUAGCUGUGUUGAUGAAGGCUUUGUUGCUGGAUCUAAACACAAAGGCAAUGGUGACAAAGCAGAUCAGAUGGAUGACAAAAGUAACUCGGACUCUGACAGCGUGGUAAUGGGCGACAUUUCUCCAUAUCGAGAGCUGAGCGAUUCCAGCGUUUCAUCGGAGACUCCACCCACUGUGCAACAACUUAGAUAUCAAGACAAUAUUGAAAGAUUCUUUGCUAGUCAACCCAAAACUUACUCUGAUGAAUCUGAGGAAUAUAACAGAAAUGAGAAGUGCUCCAGUGGUGAAGGUUACCAAGCAAGCAGCAGUGGCUCUGGAAACGCAUCUGGAAAGGAGUCAGGUGGCAACGCUUCAAAAGAGCCAAGUAACUCAUCGAAAUCUGAAAAGAAAAACCAGGAGUCGGUGAGCAAUUCUUCGAAAUGCAACAUAUCCUCCGCUUGUGACUCCGGGUAUGGUAAAAGUUUGGAGAAGAAGGACAGAGACAACCACAACAACAGCAACGAGGGAUCCUCGAACGAGGGUUGGAAAACGAGUGCCAACGAGACGGCAAACAGGAUGGACAAGCUCUCCUCUUGCGCGGCACUGACGGAAGAGUCCCUGGUGACGCACAACAGGAUCAGCAACAAGCACCUGAAGCAUCACCAACGGAAGAACAAAAACAGCCUGGGGAUUCCCACCAAAGACAACUGGUUCUACCAGAAAGGUCCCCACCACCACAAGCACAAGAAAGGUCCACAUAACGUGGUCUCUACUCCGACCCAGACCGAUGCCACAAAUGCCAUCUUAGCGCCGGGCUCUGUCACUCCCAUCUCCGAGCACACAUCCAGCACCCAGCUUACAUCGCAGUCCUGCAUGGCCAAUAAUUACGUUGGAUCGACUCAUACCCCAACCCCGUUUUUCAUUCCAGUAUACAUGGGUAGUGUGCCUUGCUAUCCACCCAUGUCAUCCAUGCAUUUACAAACCAGUUUGCCAUUUUGGUCUUGUGCUUCAGGUGGUGAAACAAACUCUAAAGAUGCCACCCUAUCCGCUACCAUUUCCACGGAGCCGGUGAAUUUCGCCAAUUCGAUAAAGAACGCAAACAAGCUCGCCCCAUGUCUCACUCCAAACCAGGCUCAAUUUGCAGGGAUUCCUUUUAGUAUCCUGCAGCCAAGCGAAGUUUCCCUCCAGGCAAAUACAGCCGAUCAGUUUAAGAGUUGCGUGGCUUCUGAUGUCAAGAUCUCUGAAAAUCAAGAGGGAGAAGACGCCGAAAACAAAUUUGAGGACAAAACAGAACCAAUCGAAUGUGACAUGCUUGUUGAUGAAAGCAGAUCUUCUUACUUCACUCAGAGUUCGUCUUUCCAAUCAGUUGAUAAAGAAGAGGAGAUGGAGUUUGAGACGAAAAAGGCCGCUCCUCACCCCUCUCGCUCGGAGAGAGAGGAGCUGGACUCGGAGAUCGCCUUUCGGUACCGCAUGGAAGUGCACCAGAUGGAAGACAUCCUCAAGAAGGACCUGGAAGCGCUCAAGUCCAUGCAGCAGCCCGAUCCGGUGAACAGGCAGCUGCAGAUGCUGCAGGAUGAGCUCAAGGAGAUGAGCGAGGACAAGAACAUGCAGAAGGGAGACUUCUUCAUGAGCGAAUCCUCCUUGCUGGGGCUCAUCACGGAAGACGAUGUAAAUGAAGAGUUGGACCACCGAGAAGAUUAUCUAUUGCAGCUCAUGUGUGAGGAUUCGUAACUAAUCCUCUCGUACGAAUCACACUUGUACAUACGACAUUUCAUACGUACGUUAACAUCUAUACAGAUAUGGGUAUUUUGCACCACGAUGAUUGUGUCGACUUCGUCCCCCACCUUUCAUGCAAAUUCUUUCUGUUCUGUGUAGAGUGAAUGGAGAGGGUAUCUCUCUCCCGUCUGUUUGCACUCGAAUGGUGCGGCAAUCGGAUAGGUUGCUGAAGAGCUUGAACAGUUUCUCGAACGUCCACUGUUGUGAAUCGUCCUUUCUGCGCGAUGUUCUUGAUUUGUUCCUUUUGUCGUUGCGAGGUGAAUUGCCCGGUAAAGUAUCUUUCCUUAAAAGUAACUGAAUGCAGUAGAACUGUGCGUAUCCCGAAGUGAAAAACGUAGCCACAUUUUGAACGCUAUUGUUAUAUUUUUUUAAAAUUGUGUUUAUUAUAGUUCAUAUUGUCGUUUUGUAUGUUUGCUAAAAGUGUGCAUUAGCUAUGGGUCCAAAAGUUCCUAACUUUCUUUUCAAUCACAUUUUAGCUAACCUCUUUUUUUUUUUUUUUUUAAAUAUGAAUUGCCUUCUUUUCUGUGACAUAUUAAGCGUGUGAAUAUUCAUGUUGCCAGCUGUGAGAGUAAAUUAUAAGAUCCAUUAUGUUAGUAAAUUAGAAAGUAUUUCAUUGGAUACCAUGGGCGCCCAUAUGCAAAAUUUUAAGGGGGGGGGGGGGGCUCAGAUAAUUUCCCCAUGGAAACCGAUUUCAGUACAGAUUAGAGUUAUUUAGGUUUGACGUUUUUAAUAACUUAUUCAUUAAUGGUGGAGAAGAAAUGUUCAUUUUUGCAAAGAAAAAAAGUACUAAAAGCAAGGAAAUUUUAAUUUCUAGGGGGGGGGGGUUGAGCCCCCACUUGCCCCCCCCCAUAUGGGCGCCCAUGGCUGCCAUAUCACACUACUUCGAUCUGUCCUGUUCACAACCAUACAGCUGUGGGCAGGUAAAUGGCAGUAUCUGCAGAAAUAAGUUUUUGACGUAUUUGAAGAAAUGUGUAUUGGAUUCAAUACUAACAAUAGGGAAAUGUUGGAAUUAGAUGUUUUUUUUUUUUUCCAAACCAGAAAUCAAAUAAGCAAGCUUGUACAAUAAAGCUAACGUACAACAGAUGACAAAAAAAAAAAGGGCAGUUACUGCCCUUUUACUUACCCACGGCAGCAUACUAGGAGACUAGAUAUGGCAUUUCAAGCUCCCCUCUGGCCUACUACAGAGAUGAUUUACUAGUUUGGACUUAUUUUAGUGUAAUAUGUCUUUAGUAACAGAGUUGAAAUUUUAACGUAACUUUUUAACGAUGAGACAAACUAUGAUUUGACUGAAAUUCCGUGACAUCUAUGUCAGAUGAAUUCAAGUUAGGCCUAAAUAGAAACCACAGUAGAAGACCGCUAUAACGCACACCUUGGGACCAGAGCUUUUGCGUUAUACAGGUUUUUGCAUCAUAUAGAUCAUUUCACAAAUUUUAAAACUAAUAUUCAGAAUAUAUCUAUAUAUUAGCACUUCAGAAUGAGUUUUAUCUGCAAUGAGUAUUAAAGCACUGAUAUUACAAUUAGUCAUUCACAGAUAAAUAUGUUUCACAAUAAUAAAAAGAAAGUGAAAUAUCCUGCACUUAUGCUAGCUUUAUGGUUUGCAUAACAGCUGCAUCUUCUUCAAAAGCCAUCUGGUAUUUUCUGCUAACUAUGAAUACUAAUUUUCAUUUAAAAGCUUUGAAUUAAGAUGGAAAGAUGAAAAACCGUCUCAAAAUUUAAUUUGCCUAACAAUUUUUCUGUUUGCAAAGCAAAACAGAGGGAUUUUUUAAACUUCAAAACCUAUUGUUAACUUCUAAAAAGUUGUGUGGUUUAGGAUCGAAUAAUAUACUUUUGCAGCUAAAUGCAAUGUUUCCUGAAAGCCACGCCACUCACGUCGCUAUUAUGCCACAAAAAAGAAGGGCUCGUAAUUGAAUGCAUUGCUUGCUGGGUGCAAAAAGUCAGAAGCAGUAACUUUUGCUUUCUAGUCAGUUUUUAUAAUGAGAGAAAUUGAUAGUCAUCGUGAAUUUUUUUUUCUACUGUAAUGUUAAAAUGUAAGUAUACUUGGUUUACUAUUUUUCAAACAAGCGCUGCAAUCUAUUCCAACCCUUUAAAAUACAUUGUAACUCUAUUUAAUGCAAGAAGUCACUUAAAAUAAUGUUAAUUUAUAAUGGAGGUAUACGUUACCAAUGUGUUAUAAAUAAUAGAGUUAUGAACCACUGUUGUCAUAUUUUAUGUUCGUCAAACAUUAAAACUAAAAGUUUGAAAAUAUCAGCACAAGCUGUCUUCAUAUUUUAUUAUGAAUAGUGACUUAACUUAAUAAUUAAAUUUUAUGUAUGACUAAUAAAUAUUUAAUUACAAAACAUUUUUAUAAUUAACUUGAAUUAGAAAAAUAUCUAACUUCCAUUUAAAGAGUUAACAAUCUUUCAUUUGAAAAACAUGUUCUUUUUUUCUGAAGUUUUGCUGUCUGCAAAACGUUAGACAUGAUAUUAGUCACAUUAAAUGAGCUGAAAAAGCUGUUAAUAAGUAAUUUAAAAUAGUUUAGAUGACUAAAAUUGAGCUUUUUUAACGAAAAAUUGAAAUCAAAAUCAAAUUUUUUCAUUGCUUGGAAUUAUUUAAAAAGUUGAUCUCAAAAAAAAAAAAAAAAAAAAAAUGUUUAGCCACCCCACAAAUAGCUCAUGUUUUUUUUUUUCCCCUCCCAAACUUAACAACACUAGUUCUGUUCAUAUGAAAUGAAACACUGAUCAUUGCUAUUAAUAUUAAUGGUCUAAAUUAACAGAAUUUUUGUAGUUAAAUGAAGCCAAAUUAGAUUUUAGCUUUCACCAAGCACUGAUUUUUUUUUAAUGAAAUAAAAUCAGGCUUCUGUGAUAUUUUGUGGGUAAUUUAGUUAUGAUUAGUAUUGAAAAUGGCUUAAUGUACUCUUUUUCAGUUGCGUUACAACCAGGGUUGGCCGGAUUGGACCCAAUGGUUUUUUUUGAAAAAACCCAUUAUGUAGCCCACUUUUGUUUUUUUUUAAUUUUCUGAGAAGUUUAAAAAAAUUAAUUUAAAUUCUUUCACAAUUUAAACUUCUUUUUUAUUUGUUCUUCACCACAGACAAUGGACAUAAAAAUUGAAUUUUGAACUUUAAUAGUAUUUCUUAACUCUUAACGGCAUUAAAAAAAUACUUCAAAGAUUUUAAAUAAAUAUAUUUACUUUUUUCUUUAACUGGUCAAUAAAUAACUCAAAUUAUCUUGACUAAGUCCUGUCAUGUCUGGUUUUCUCAAUAUUUGUAGAUUGUACAGAGAAAACUACUCUAGCUAAAAGGCUUUCAUGUGAAUUAUUUUCUGCAAACCAACACGUCACAAAUCUCGAAUAAACAAGGUAUAUUUUUUAGAAAUUAACAGGUUUUACAAACGGUCGGAGAGAAAACAGAAUAGGAUGUAUAGUAUUUUCAUUAUCUUACGAAAAAGUUUAAUAUGUCUUACUCUGUACACAGAAAUAGAAAAACAGGCAACAUAAAGAUCAAAGAAAUGUCUUGAUUAAGCUGGAAUUCAGUAAAAAAGGACAAAAUGAAAUACAAUAAAGUAAAAUGCAAAAAAAAAAAAAAAAAAAAAA